AUGGAAUCAGAUAUUAUCAACUGGAGUAACAAAGAAGUUUUAGAUUUAUUACAUAAAGAAAAAAUAUCUAGUAUAAUUACAGAAAUCUGUAAAUCACAAGAUAUUGAUGGACAGUGUCUUUUAUCUUUUAUGGAUCGAGAUUUUUAUGACUUUCCUUUUGACCAUUUAAAAUUUGGUGAACGCAAGAGAUUCAUAUUACUCGUAAAGAAAUUACAAAAACAAAAUCGUAAUGCGAUGUUCGAACUCGGUCUUUGUGAAGAUGCUCUCAGUAAUCCAUCUACAAACAUCAAUUUUCUUGGAACUAACUUAUCCCAUUUGAGUUACAAUCUUCACAACAAACUACCAAGUGAGAUAUAUGUGAGAAAUAAUUCAGAGUGUGUGUCAAGUUUUACACCAGAUGUGAAAGCUUCAAGAUUGAAACCUGAAAUUUGGAAGACAGCAAUAGCUUUAGGUUAUGUCUUCCUGGUGACAUGGGUGACUGCGGUGGUGAUGGUGAUUGUACAUGACAAGGUGCCAGAUAUGAAGAAGUAUCCUCCACUGCCAGACCUGUUCCUGGACAAUGUGCCACAUAUCCCAUGGGCCUUUGACAUGUGUGAGAUCACUGGCUCCUUCCUCAUGGCCAUAUGGCUUGUUGUCCUAUUCUUCCAUAAGCAUAGAUUUAUAAUACUGCGAAGAUUCUUCGCGCUGGCAGGCACCGUGUUCCUGCUGCGGUGCUUUACAAUGCUGAUCACAUCGCUGUCAGUGCCGGGCUCCCACCUGAAGUGCGAGCCGCGCUCGUACCCGCCGGCAGACGACCUCACCGUGUGGGGCCGCCGCCUGCGCCAGGCUUACGACAUCUGGAGCGGAGCUGGCAUGUCCGUGCGAGGAGUGCGCACCUGUGGGGACUACAUGUUCUCUGGACACACCGUCGCGCUUACACUCCUCAACUUUUUUAUUACGGAAUAUACAUCUCGCAACCUUUACCUGCUGCACAUCCUGACGUGGGUGAUGAACAUGUUCGGGAUCUUCUUCAUCCUGGCGGCGCACGAGCACUACUCCAUCGACGUGUUCAUCGCGUUCUACAUCACGUCGCGACUCUUCCUCUACUACCACACGCUCUCCAACAACCAGGCGCUCAUGCAGAACGACUCCUCGAGUAUGUAUUCCAGGACCAGGAUCUGGUUCCCUCUGCUGUCGUUCUUUGAGUCGGAGGUGGACGGGAUCGUGCCGAACGAGUACGAGGGCCCCGUCACCAUCAUAAGCAACCUGCGGCAGUGGUGCGUGCAGCUCAUCACAGACGUGAAGGAGUCCUCCGUCGCCAAGAUCGCCGGCACCAAGCUGCAGGAGGGCGCCGCCAUGGGAGAGUACUCCGUUGUCAAACUUGUCGACGGCAUCAAGCGCAACCUCAGCAUGGUCGAAGAGUACAAGACCUCACGCCAAAGACUAGUUACCUUAGACAAAAAUAUCCAAGCCUGUCUCUUAGACGAUCGUCCCGACGUAGAACUACGUCACAGAAAUAUAGCCGACUUCCCCGGAGACGCUCUCCUCAAGGAUUUUAGUAAUCCUCCCUCUCCCGUUAUGAAAAAAAGUAUAUGA